CAGGUCAAACUCCAGAUAUCCCUGGAGAAUCUUUUGAAGGAAGCGGAGGAGGUGAAGAAGCGUGAGUCAGCAGAGAGGAUGAAAACCCAGGAGUGCAAGGAGAUGGUGAAGAAAAAGCGGGAGAGGAUCGUGAGCGAGUUUGGGAAGCUGCAUCGGCUGCUGGCUGAUGAGGAGAAGCUGCUGCUCCAGACCCUGGAGGAGGAGGAGAAGCAGAUCUUGCUGCUGAUCAAUGAAAACCUGGCCAGGCUGGUGGAGGAGAAAUGCUUGCUGGAGGACCUGAUCCUGGAGAUAAAGGAGAAGAGCCAGCAGCCGGCUGACGGGCUGCUCAAGGACAUGAAAAGCAUCCUGGGCAGGUGUGAGGAGGUGAAAUUCCAUUCCCCCAAGCCUGUGUCAGUGACCCUGAAGGAAAACUACAGCAUUCCCGAGCGCUGCCUAGGCAUGAGGGACAUGCUGAAGAAGUUCAAAGUGGACGUGGUCCUGGACCCCGAGACGGCGCACCCGGAGCUCAGCGUGUCCGAGGACCGCAAGAGCGUGAGGCGCGGGAGCAAGAAGCUGCUCCUGUCCCUCUUUGACAACCCCAAGAGGUUUGGCACCGCCCCAGUGGUGUUGGGCAGUCAGAGCUUCUUCUCAGGCCGCCACUACUGGGAGGUGCAGGUGGGAGACAAGCCCGAGUGGGGGCUGGGGCUGUGCCGGGAGUCCGCCGGCCGCAAAGGCACCGUCCUCUUCUCCCCAAACAACGGCUACUGGGUGCUGAGGCUGCAGAACGGGGGCAGCUACGAGGCCCUGACCUCCCCCAUCUCCCCCCUGACCCUGAGCGUGAGGCCCCGGCGUGUCGGGAUCUUCCUGGACUACGAGGCAGGAGAAAUCUCCUUCUACAACGUCAGCGACCGCUCCCACAUUUACACCUUCACCGACCGGCUCACCGGGAACCUCCGGCCUUUCUUCUUCCUGGGGGGCUUCCUGGGGGGCAGAAAUGCAGAGCCCUUGGUGAUCUCCUGGGUCAGGGAUACGCAGGGGACCGGGUGUGUCAUCCUGUGACAGCGGCUGUCCUGGAUUCUCACCGGUGGGCAGAGACCUGGGAGCCCAACCGGCUCCUCCGGUGAGCAGGAGCACCAGGGAAACACCUCUGUGCCUUGGGGAGGGUCCUGGCAGGAUUCCUGCGUGGUCCUGGCUGCUGGCUGGGCAUGACCUGAUCCAUGUGACACCCACGGUGUGCCACAUCCAUGCUGGGAGGGGCUCUUCGUGCCCUCACCCUCUGUGCCACCGAUGGGACAGGGGAGUCCCCUGAUCACUGAUGCCCUGGUGCUCAUCUCACAGGCUGCUGGAGGAGGGCAUGAGCCCAGCCUGCCACGUAGUGCUGAUUUUGGUGUGAAUUCUAUCAGAAUAAGGCAAUAAAGGGUUGAUUUGGGGAGCCUUGUGUGGUUUAA